AUAAAUGCUAAAUCGUUGUUACAUAAUUUUCGCUCUCGUUGGCUACAGCCGGGAAUGGUAACAACUGAUCUUCUGUUGUCUGGAGCUUCUACAAAGCAGGCCAAGUUUUUCAUUAAUGUUUUGGCAGAACCGGCAGAAGUGGUAGCAAAGUACCUCGUCCCAAACAUCAGAUCUGUCCCUGCCAAUGGAUUGAGCAAGCCCACUUACAUUCGAUUCCUUACUGGCUUGAAAGCAUACUCUCAGAUAUUCUCAAGAUUUGCUUUUGGUGCUAGGAGGAAUCGAUAUUUGCUUGAAGAUUGAUGAGGAUCAGAGGUCUAAUAUAUCCAUACAACAUAUUUUCUUUCACAUAAAAUUUGCUGCUCUCUCUCUCUCUCUCUCUAGCUUUUUUUUGGCUGUGGCAUAAUUUUUGUUUCUCAAAAUACUUUGAAUUAUAUGUACUUAAGGAUUGAUUUUUCUAUGCACUUUUUAAUGAUUAAUAUUUUUGUGAUGUA